GUGCCCCUCCUCUCCCCAUGGGUCUCCUAUCGCCCCGCCCCUCCCUGGUUUUCCCUUUUCUCAUUGGUCCACACCGCAUCAUGUGACCCACAGACCCCGCCCACUACUUUUCCCGCCCGGCGUUUCCGCUUCCGGCGCGGGGCCCCGCCCCCUCCGCCCCCCGCGGCCUCGCGGCGUCGCCGGAGGAAGAGGAGGAGGAAGAGGAGGAGGAAGAGGAAGAGCUGCGCCACAGGCGGGGGCGGAUGGGAACGCCCCCCCGCAGGAUGGCGGAGGGCUGGGCCGAGUGCCCGGCGCUGGGCCCGGGCUGGCAGCGCCGCGAAGCUUUUCGGAAAUCCGGGGCCACCAGCGGCCGCAGCGACACCUACUACAAGAGCCCCACAGGGCAGAAGUUCCGCAGUAAGAUCGAGCUGCGCCGGUUCCUGGGCCCCGGGCACGACCUCAGCAACUUCGACUUCAAAUCGGGGCAGCAGCGACCUGGCCCCACCCGGACCAGGAAGAGCCCAAAAUGGCACCUGCCCGCCGGGCCCCUCCCAGAGCCCCCCAAAAUCUUCAAAAAGGAGGAGGAGGAGGUGGAGGUGGAAGUGGAGGUGGGCGGGGCUGAGACCGAGAAGGCCCCACCCUCAUCAGUUCAGGCCCUGCCCAUCCCCAUCCAGGCCACGCCCUCUCCAUCUGUGGCCACGCCCCUGCCGGAGCCCCCCCAUCGCCGGACCCGGAAGCGGCCGCCCCUGGAGCCCCCCCAGGAUGGGGUGGUGGCGCUGUGUGCUGGCUGCCAGAGCCUCUUCCCGGGGGUGUCCCUGCCCCCCCAGCGCCGCUGCCGCUGGCUCUGCCCUGACUGCCGUGCCCAGAGACGAGACUUCAACCGGGAGCAGCGAUUCUACAAGCGGGUGGGCUGUGGCACGUGCCAGGCCUGUCGCAUCCCCGAGGACUGCGGCAUCUGCAGCGCCUGUGCCCGCAGCGCCCCCGGGGGCCCCGCAGGGCCCGGACGGACCCCCAAGUGCCUCCUGCGCCGCUGCCUGCGCAUUGUCAAGAAGGGCCUGGGCUGCGGCUCCUGCGCCGGCUGCCUGAGCACCGAGGACUGCGGCAGCUGCUGCAUCUGCCUGCGGCGCCUGCAGCCCGGCCUCAAGCGCCAGUGGCGCUGCCUGCGCCGCCGCUGCCUGCGCCCCAAGAAAGCCAGAGUGGCCAAGAAGCCGCAGAGCCCCCGGCCCCUGACAGAGAAGUGGAAGCCUCUCGUGGAGCGGGAGCCCAGUGACGCCUCCGGCGCCAGGCACAGAGUGAGUGGGGGGACCCCCCUGGGCACACCUGGGCACAUCUGGAACCCCCAGCCCCCCCCAAAACCCCCCCCUCCCUCCCAGAAGCUGCUGAACAAGGGCAAGGAGAAGAAGAAGCCGGGGCGACCCCCGAAGGCCCCUGGGCCCCGCGGGCGGGGGGUGCGGAGCCGGGCCAGCCGGCGCUGCGGGGUGUGCGCAGCCUGCCGGCGCCCGGCCGACUGCGGCCGCUGCGACUUCUGCCGGGACAAGCCCAAAUUCGGGGGGCAGAACCUCAAGCGCCAGAAGUGCCGCUGGAGGCAGUGCCUGCGCUGUGCCAUGGACAAGGAGGAGCCGCUGGGGGGGGCUGAGAAGGGCUCCAGGCCCCUCCCGGGGCCCCCUCUGCGCCUCUGCCCCAUCAAGGAGGAAUCAGGACCCCUCCCCCGCCUCGAGGUGAGACCCCCCGGCUGCCUGGGGCCCCCCCUGGACACCUGGGACCCCCCCGUGACCCCCCCUGCCCCCCAGGACCCUCGCCUGGGGCUCCUCAUCGCCUCGGCCCCGCGCCUCAAAGGGGCCCCCCCGGAGCCCAGCGUCGCCCCCCAAAGGCCCCCCCCGGGGGAUUUGGGGGUCCUGAUUGCCGCCACCCCCCCGCGUGAAGCAGGAGCAGCCGCAGCCCAGCGCGUCCCUGGUGCCGGUGCCCCCCCAACCUCCCCCUGCCCAGCUGGUGGUGCUGGAUGAGAGUGAGGAGGAGGAGGAGGAGGAAGAGGAGGAAGGCAGCAGCCGAGUGCCCUUCCCGCUGCCCCCCGCUCCCCAGCUCUGGCCCGGCUCCUUCCUGGAGGAACUGGCUGAGAUUCCCCUCCCGGCUCACUGGGGAGUCGUGGGGGCUGACGGGGGUCCCGGGCCGUGCCCGGCGCGGGGGCUGCGCCUGGUGCAGCGCUGCCCCCGCUCCUCCAUGGCCGCGGCCGCCGUGCUGCUCAACCCGGGCUUGGCUUUCCGGGUCCUGGUGGCCCGAGGCCGCCCGGUGCCCCCCGGGCACGAGGUGCUGGCCCGGCGCCCCCCCCUGCGCUCCGUGCUGGACCUGGUGGAGCUGCUCUGCGAUCUCGAGGCCUACGGGCCCUGCCCGGGACCCCCGGGACCCCCGGCCCGGCCCCCCGCCCCUCGCUGCCAUGUCCUGGUGAGGGGGGGGCGCUGCUGCCGGCCCUGCCAAAUGCUGGCGGGGGAGGGGCAUUGAGGGAAAGGGGGGGGGGGAGGGGAUUUA